AAUCAAUAAAUAGAGAAAGCAAAGCCCAUCUUCCUACUUAUAUUAAACACUCCAAAAAAACUUCCUCAGUUUUUUCCUCCAAACAUUUUGCAUAUUCAUAUCGUCUUACACUUGGACACCUCUCUUUUCUUCUUUCUCCCCUUUUUUCUUAAAUCCUUCUCUUUUUCUGUUCUUCAACAUUUAAGGUAAAAAAAAGAAAAACAGGGUAUAAGGUGGGAAUUUCCUCAAAGUUCAUUAAUUUUUUGAUCCAUCAAAAUAUUUCUUGUGCUAGUUAAAAAAUCUAGAAAAAAGUGGGUUUAAGAAAAUAAGUUAAAAAUAUGAAGGAACAAUUGCUUGAUUAUCUUUUAGUUCCUUUGGGUUUAAUGAUAAUGGCGGGUUAUCAUGUUUGGCUUCUUCAUAAAAUCAUCAAACAACCCACAAAAACUGUUGUUGGAAUUCAUGCAAUUAAUCGACGUUUCUGGGUUGAAGCUAUGAUGGAGGACACAAAGAAUGCAGUGUUAGCAGUGCAAACACUAAGGAAUAACAUAAUGGCAUCAACCCUCUUGGCAUCAACAGCCAUAAUGCUCAGCUCAGUAAUCGCCGUUCUAAUGACAAGCCGAGGGACUAGCAACAUGUUUGGGCUUGUUUUAGGGGACGCGAGCCAAAUGGGAUUCUCUGUAAAGUUUUUCAGCAUCUUGGUUUGCUUUCUCUUGGCGUUCUUAUUAAAUGUGCAAUCAAUAAGGUAUUAUAGCCAUGCUAGCAUCCUCAUCAAUGUGCCCCUGAAGAAGAUAUCUUCCCCUUACUUGCCAGCAGACUACGUGGGGAGUAUUGUUAACAGGGGAGGCUACUUCUGGUCCCUCGGUCUGCGUGCCUUCUACUUCUCUUUCCCAUUGUUUCUUUGGAUCUUUGGUCCUAUACCUAUGUUCGGCAGCAGCAUAACUUUGGUUAUCUUGUUCUUCUUCUUGGAUUACACCGUCGACUUUAGGGGUCUGAAUGAUGGAGAGUGUGUUUUGCAUGAUAAUGAUGUAGAACAAGCAGCUAAAUAGACUUGCUUGCUUUAAUUUCAUAGGUCUCACUAGUUCGAAAGAUAUGAUAGUUGUUUCUUGUUUGUGCUAGCCAGGUUGAUUUUUGGUAGGAUUAUCUACAUAAAGAAACAUCAAGGCAUAGAAUGGGGAAUAAGAAAAUAAAGCAAUUCAUAUUCAAUCCAAGUUGAAUUGAAUUGCAUUGCAUUAGGACAUUUUUCUUUAGCAUCUUUGGGUAUUUCGUGUUAAAAGUGACUACACAUAUCUAUAAGCUAUACGCCUAGUUCGCCUUGUAUAAUUUCUUUGCCUUUUACAUUCGAAUCCAGUCGUUACAUUACCA